UUUCUCACUUUAUCGGAGUACUACGGCUCAUGCUCAGUUUACCGUAAAUACAGUGUAUGCUUUGCCACUAUCCAGCUAGCUAUGUCACCACACCAGAAGUUAUGGGAAGAUUAAACAUCUUUGUCUUAAUUUAGCUAGAAGAUGUUUCUUGUUUGCGCUCUUAAGAAACUGCAUGUCGUACCAAUGGGGCUUUAACGUUAGUGGCUCUUACACUUAGAUAGCAUAUUAACUUUGUCGAUUGUUGACGAGAGGCACCAUGAUCUGUCAAGAGUGACGGUUCGGUUCGACAAAGUGCAACUCCGAGGCUAACUUGCAUCCUGAACCUGGAACCUGGAACAAAUUGAACCUGAAUUGCGUUAUUGCCAGAGGUAGCUACUUCAGGAUCAGAGAUCGCUAAAUUCAAUUCGCCAACAUCGUAGAUCGGUAUUUUUUUAACGUUUCUCAGAAAACAACUUGUUGAAAACCUAAAAUGCUGGAGAGGUCUUGUAGACAUAGUCCACUUCCUGGACAAAACAAAUAGGCUCCUCCCUAACAAACAAAGGACUGUUACAAGCAGUAACUGAAAACUCGUGAGAAGGAAUUCCAUGAUCUGGAAUGCAAUUUAGCUGUUUUCACAAAUGCUGCGAUGGAGAGCGGUCUCUGUCCGACAUGUGAGAUGGUCCAGCCCAGUCACCCAAGGCCUAUUCCUCUGUACUCUAUCAUUCUGUGUUGUUCUACCGUUGUGCUGUCAUCGUUUAAUGUUCUCUUACUACUUUCUGAGAUUCAUGCACUUGGACUCCAUGAGUGAGGCAGCUCUCCUAGACAGCUAUGAAAAAGGUCAAGAAGCACUACAUUUCUGGCAGGAGAUGACCUCAUUAAAAACGUCUGCUCUGACCGCAACAUCUGCUCCAAAGAUCCCUGAACUUUUAGUCACUGUGGUCACAGCGAGACGUCGAGAGGGCCAGGACUACCACUAUCUCCUGCAGGUGAUGCGGCGGCUGCUCUCUCUGCUCGGGGACUGUGGGGGGAGGCCCUGUGCUGAGGUGCUCGUGUGUGAUGUGGAAACGGCUCCGUCGUUGAAUGAGGACGCCACACUGUUAGAAAAACAGUUCCUGGUGGUCAAGCGCUCGGGGGAAGAGCAGUCAAAGAAAAGGGGUAGACUAAACACUUUUGAGAGAGAGAAGCAGGACUAUGUAUACUGCCUACGCAAAGGGUGGGAACUAAGGAGACCCAAGCAUGUGGUCGUCCUAGAGGAUGAUGCGUUGCCAAAACCUGACUUCUUUUCUGUAAUCCAAGACCUGCUCUCCCGGUCCUUCACUCGGAACACCCUCUAUGUGAAGCUGUACCACCCUGAGCGCCUGCAGAGGUACUGGAACCCGGAGCCCUUCCGCAUCAUGGAGUGGGUGGGCCUGGGGCUCGUAGGGGCCUCUGCUGUCCUCCUUAUGUUUUCCUGCCGUUCUUGCCUUCUGUCUUUCUCACUUUCCCGUUUCCUCUUUUUCACUGUGUACAUCAUGGUUGCCGCGGAGCUGGUCGGUAGGCAUUACCUGCUGGAGGUGCGGCGUCUCUCCCCACAACUCUACGCUGUUUCUCCUGCGACAGAGUGCUGCACACCUGCCAUGCUCUACCCUGGAAACGCCUCCGCCCGGGUGGCAGACUACCUGGACCAGGUGGCCUGUGCCAAAGGCAAUGCUAAAGACACUGUGCUGUAUAAGACUGCCCGGAGUGCUCCAGGGGAGAGGGCACACAGUGUGGAGCCCAAUCUGAUCUCUCACAUUGGGGCAUACUCUUCUGUCAGGACCAACCCUUUGCGUCCCAAGCUGCUGCCAUAGAUUCCUGUGAAGUGGUGGGGAAAGGUUUUUGUAGUUGAUUGUUUUCUUGGCUUGAUGAUUUGUAAAAGUUUGAAAAACAACAUGUCUGUGUGAGUGUUAAUAUACAGAGAUAAUCAAAUGUUGUGCUUGGGGGGUUUGAAAUGGUAAAGCCUUAACAAAUGUGUUCAUGAUAUUGGUUGGGGAUAUAUAAACUAUACUGUCUUGGUUUUAUGUGAUCUAUCUGCUUAUCAAUGUAAUUCAUAAGCAGACGAAUCAUUUCCUGUGAAAAGCAAUUGAUGUGGCAGGCUUGGUAACAAUCAUUCUACCUAUCUGUCAAAUGCUGAUAUCAGAUGAUGAGAUAAAUAAACAUGUGAAAUUAUCAUUAUAA